AUGGCGACGAGCAGCGGCAAGGAGGGAGAUGAACAUCGAAGUAGACUCGAAGUUUUCGCCGGCUCGAAUCCAGCAGGAUACAGGAGAUGGCGCCGGCGAGCAGAGCUGUUCCUGUUGGCACUUCCCAGCAAUUACUCGAAAGAGCGCUGGGGUCCGAAGCUGCUGGAGUUCAUCCAAGGCGAAGCCGAGGAGGCCUUGGAGGACUUGUCGAUCGAGAAGGUCACCGCGGAAAACGGCUACAAGGACAUUCUUGCCAUUCUAGAUGACAAGUACAAAGAGCUUCAACAAGAGUCCCUUCACAGAGGCCUGAAAGAGUACUUCUAUCAGGUCAUGAUCAAGCCUGGCGAGAGUUACCGCAACUUCAUGGUCAGAUUGGACACUGCACAUAGAAAGCUUGCAGAACAUGGCAUCACGCUGCCGGAAGAAGUCCAAGGAUGGUUUCUGAUGAGGAAACUGGGAUUGGACUUGCCUUCUGAAUCGAUGGUGCUUACUGCAACAUCAGGAUCGCUGAAAAAGUCAGAAGUGACCAAGGCGAUCAAAGCCAUCUUUCCGCAGGGGAAGGGCGGCGCAGUGAAAAGGAGUGACGUCUUCGUGCUGGAAGAGCUCGGUGAGCAGGGCAUGACUGGUGCGGAGGCGGAACAGCCGCCGGAGGAAGAUGGCCAAGAAGAAGUGCAGGAGAUCUUCGAGAUAGUUGCUGACCAGGUUCAGCAACACAGUGACUAUGAAGAAGAUGAGGCCCUGGAUGUGUUCGAGUCCUACAGGGACAUCAAGAAGAAAGUCCAGGACAAGAAGACCAGCAGGGGCUUCAAGGGCUCUGGCAAGGCACAGGGCAAGGGACGUGCCAGGUCUUCCGGAGGAAGCUCUGCAGCGGCAAGUUCGACCACGAACGACGUCCACUUCACAGACGUUUUGUCCUUCAACGAGUACCAGUCCCUCGACACCGUGGCAGAAGUGCUGGAGAUGGACAACGUGACCGAGCCGAAGCAAGGCGACAGGGCCAAGGGCAAGCAGGUGGACAGCUGGAAAGUCAGCGAGGAUGGCAAGGAGCUGUUGCGUGUGCACCGCAAACCAAGGAAGGGCUUGUUCUCUCCAGCCGGGGUGCUUCCCCUAAAGUUUGGUAGCGCGAGAGUAGAUGUGCAGGUAGCAGUUCUCCCAAAGGGAGGUGCUCACACACCCUUGUUGUUGUCGAAGGAGUUCCUGAAGUGGAUAGGGGCCAUUAUUGAUACGGAUACCGACACUCUUGUGUGUAAGAAGAUAGGGCAGCGCAUCCCGCUGGCCGAGACGGCUCAACAGCGAACUCCAAGAAGGGCAUCCCAACCGCUCAUUGCGUACUUGAGUGCAGCCAUGGACCGCGAGUACGAGGAGAUCACCCGCAAGAUGAUGGAGAGCCUGAAGAUCAGCGAGGGCGAGAAGAACGAGGUUCACGUUCCCGUGCGGGACAUGGACGAUGUGACAGACGUCAGCGAAGACGAGCCGUGGACCCCAAUACCAGGGACGACGAAAAUGGAAUGUGGCAAGCACGGCAAGACCCAGAAGCUGACCAUGGAUCAAGUCUACAAGCGGGACAAGAGCUAUGUGAAGUGGGUCAGGGAGCAUGUGACAAUUUCGUCCGCAGAGGGCAUGCGGAAGCUGCGUCUGUACGUGGCACGCCGGGACAGCAAGAAAGCCGCGCGCAUGAAGAGGCAAGUCCAGAGCCAGAUGAACGAGAAGGCCAGCAGCUCCAACCAGGAGCAGAGUGCCAGCGAUCCGAAGGGCAACCGGAUGAAGACGCCCCAGAAGAAUGCCGAGGAGCAGAUCCGGAUGAGCCUGAUGGGUCUUCGAGACUGGCGCCGAGCAGCCGUGGAGCAGAAGGCACCACCGGAUGUCAUCAAGGACCUCGACGAGGUGAUCAAAGCUCAGGAGGACAAGCUCAUGAGCAUGGAGGGACGCAAGGCGUCAACCAAGCGCCCAGGAUUGCCGAUCCCGGCAGAAAGCGACAUGGAGUUGGAGCAGUGGGAGCAGGUGAUCUACGCCGAGGCCAGCGCCAAGACCAAGAAGAAGUGGGAAGGCAUCACGAGAGAUGUUCUCCUUCGCGAGCAGACUCGGCAGGCCAAUGUUCGCAAGGGCAUCCGAGAGGCGGUAGGGCUGAACCCGGGAAAAUGCUACGACAUUGCCAAUGGAUUCGAUCUGUCUCGACCCCAGGUUGAGUUGCCGUGGCGGAAGCUGAAAAUGCUGAACGUUGUUGACAUGGCGACCCGUUAUCAGGUGUGCGUUCCUCUGUGGAAAGGUGUUGAUGCACGGUGUGCCCGUGUUGCUUAUCGGCGUUAUUGGAAGCGUUGGGCCGGCAGCCCGGUGAAAGCUUGGACUGAUGCUGGGCCGGAGUUUGGUGAAUAUUUCACGUCUGCUCUUGAAGGCGACGGGACAUGGCAUGAGGUGACCGCCAGCCAUAGUCCAUGGCAAAAUGGAGUUGUGGAAAGGCAUGGCGGUGCGUGGAAAGUUGCUUUCAACAAAGCCUUGCUUGGACUUGUGCUUGAAUCCAAAAUGGAGGUUGAAGAGUUGUGUGAUCAAAUCACCCAAGCCCACAACACCAUGACAAGGAAAGGGGGUUAUUCCCCCAGCCAACAUGUGUUCGGGUCGGAGCAACGGGUCCCUGGGCUUGUGUUGACCGGUGUGCAUGACGAUGUUGUUGAGUCGGGCCUUGCAGUUGGUGAGUCUGCGUAUGAAAGAAGGCAUGCCAUCCGUACUGCGGCCAGAAAUGCAUUCAUUGAUGCAGAGAAUGAGGAGCGGCUGAAGCGAGCCGCCGCUCAUCGAACCAGGCCAAAGGAUGGACCCUUGUCGGUUGGUGAGCUUGUGUUGGUGUGGCGCAAGUCCGUUGGUGAAAAGAAGCCUCACUGGCAUGGUCCUGGUCACGUGCUUGGAGUACAGGGAUCCCGGAUAUGGGUGGCACAUGCCACCAAAGUGUACCGGUGUUCGCCUGAACAAGUUAAGCGGCUCAGCCAGGAGCAGGAAAGUUUGGUGCGUUUGUUGCCAGAUGAUUUGCGGACAUGUCGGAAUCAGUUGCGGGAACGAGGUGCCGGUAAUAUCGUCGAGUUAGAUGGCAGGGACGUGCCGCCGCCCAAUUUCCGUGAUGGUGCUGAAGGCCAGGACGAGGCCGGCGAAGCAUCAGAAGAGGCGGUUGCUGAGUCAGGACCAGUUGCAACGCAAGUUGAUGGACAUGCCGAGGUGUCUGCGAGCGGGGAUGCAGCCACUGAAGUUGUGGCGGAACAACCGCCAAACAUGGAGGUGGACACCGAGGAACUUGUGCCUGAAGAGCCCUUGUUGGAACAUGGGGCAGUUGAUGUUGCCAUGGGUCCUCAGCAGAGGGAGCGUGUGGGCAGUGAGCCUGAACCACACGGUGAGCCUGAAACAGCCGGCGUGCCAGUUGGAACAGUGACGGUGCGGAAGAUGCCAGAAGCAAGCUACGGGCCGCAAAGGCCAAUCAGUGAGCUCACAAGGGCAAUGCGUGCCAGCUUGAGGAACCUGGACUUCGGAAGGCCAAUCCGUGAAGGCACUCCGGAGGUCGGUGAUGACGAGCUUCUUGUUGAGGAAGUUCUGGUCACUGAGGAGGUGUGCGUGGCAGAGGCCAAGAGGCGGAGGAAGUCGGAGGUUUCGGAGCAAGAGUUGGCAAGGCAUGAAAAGGAGAAUCUUCAUGUGUCCAAGGCUGCGGAGUGGAACAAAAUGUUGGAAACGCGUUCUGUCAAAGUGCAUGUCGGCGAGGCAGCUGAACAGUUGAUCAACGAAGUUGGCAAGGACCGUCUGUUGUCGAGCAGGUUUGUCAUCACAAGGUCCGACGAUGCGGAGAAGCUGAAGAAAGGCCUGGUGAAGGCCCGGUGGUGCAUCAGGGGAUACUUGGAUCCGGAUCUGUUGGAGCUUGAUACGGCGGCGCCAACGUUGAGUCCAGAAGGCCUUGCGGUGGUGUUACAGGUGUUGGCAACAAAGAAAUGGGACCUUUGCAUUGGCGAUGUUGAGGCAGCUUUCUUGAGAGGUGACGACAUCGAGCGACCUCGCGGACGAGUGUUGGUGCGUGUGCCUCCGGGAGGCAUCCCUGGGGUGCCGGAGGGAGCCGUCAUAGAACUGCUCAAGCCGGUGUACGGCUUGGCGGACGCGCCGAAAGCUUGGCAUCGAUCAUUCACACAGGCGCUUGCAAAGCUUGGUUGUGUUGCGUCGAAACUUGAUCAGUGCGUGUAUUUCUGUCGUUCGAGCGAUGGUGUGUUGCAAGGAAUCAUUGCCUUACAUGUUGACGACAUGGCGUGUGGCGGAACUCAGUGGUUCCAUGACAGCGUGUUGCGAAGGCUCAGGGAGGCGUUUCCGUUCAAACAUUUCAAGAAGAAGGCUGGAGACUUCCUUGGCAGGUUCCUGCAGCAAGGCGAGGACUUUUCCAUUCAUGUUAGCCAAAAAGAAUACGCCGAAAACCUUGAAUGCAUUAAGGUGUCGCGUGACCGCAGGAAGCAGAGAGACGCUGAAGUCACGGAAGAAGAGAGAAAGCAGAUGAGGGCUGCUUUAGGUGAGCUAAACUGGCUAGUGAGCAGCAGCCGCCCAGACCUCGCUGCCUUCUGUUCCUUGCUUCAGCAAAGAGUAAACAAAGCCCUGGUGAGAGACCUCAUAGAGGUCAACAGAGCUGUGGCCAUGGCACGUGACUUCUGCAACAUGGAAGUUGUGGUGAGGCACAUCCCGGAACAGGAGGUCGAGUUCUGCGUUUGGAGCGAUGCCUCAUGGGCGAACGCCACGGAGAAGAAGUCACAAGGCGGCUACGUCAUAGCAGCCGUGCCGAGCUCUCUGCGGAAAGGGUCAUGGGCUACUUUCUCACCGUUGAGAUGGAAGUCUUACAAACAAGACAGGCAAGUGGCAUCAACUUUGGGAGCAGAGUUGCUGGCUCUCUCGAGAGCGCUGGCAGAAGCGAAGUGGGUGCGGUCCAUGUGGUCGGAGGCCAUGAAUGCGAACUACACUCUGGAGACGAACGACAAGUGGGCAGUUCAAAUUCCCAUAACUGCUUGUCUAGACUCCAAACCGGUGUACGACCACAUUCACGGUCAGCUGAUGACAAUCAGGGACAAACGGCUUGCCAUAGAGAUGUUGUUGGUGAAGCAGGAUGUAGCGUCGGACAACGUUGCAACCAGAUGGAUGCCAACAUAUCAGAUGCUGGCUGACAGCAUGACCAAGUGCGGUGCGCCGAUGGCGUUGCUGAGGAGAACCAUCCGAGAGGGCAAGACAGUGCUCGUGGAAGAUGACGAGAUCAAACGAUGGGCUGCUAAGAAAUAG